CCCAGUUUUAAAACAUUUUGUAAAUGUUUGAAUUGCUGUAAAUGUUUCAAAACGACUACAGUUGAACCACUGGGACAUAGACAAGAAAUUUUUGCGAUAAAUGCUAAUUAAUGUUGCCAGUAACUGAAUGAACCUAUUUUAAUUGAAAAUGGGUAAAUAAAAUAUGCUGAAUUCAAAAAAUCUAAAGUUAACCCACCAAAAACUAUCAAAAAGAGACAAAAAUGGGCAAUUGAACAUGUUUGAUUUUGUCAGUGCACAUGUUUUUUUUGGUCAGUGCAAAUUUUUUUUGGUCAGUGCAAAUUUUUUUUGGUCAGUGCAGUUCCACCUGUCAUUGUUUCAGCAGGUUGAUCUGUAGAACAACAGUUUUCUAAACUCUACAAAUAUUUAUUAUUCAUGUGUAUUAACAAAUUAGACUACAUUCUGGAGAUAUACACGCUCCAUCUACAAUGUACAACGAUAGAAAAUUUAGAGCCAUUGGUAGAGUAUUCGAACUUAGCCGUAUCAGGAUGUUCCCUCGGAAAUUCAAUGAUUGGCUGAAACAAUCUUGAAACAUCUGUUUCUGUCCAACAUUCAAAUACGCAGCCUUUGAAGUUUGGCUUCUUGAGAAGAAUCUGGAAAAAUGAGGAGCUAGGUUUAGGCUUAGGCUUAGGGUUAGGCUUAGGCUUAUGCGUAGGCUUAAGCUUAGGUUUAGGCUUAGGAUGAGACUUAGGCUUAGGCUUAGGCUAGGCUAGGCUUAUGCUAAGGCUUAAGUUUAGGCUUGUACUUAGGCUUAGCUUAUUCUCAGAUUUAGGCUUAGGCUUAUGCGUAGGCUUAAGCUAAGGUUUAUGCUUAGGCUUGAGCUUAGGCUCAGGUUUAGGCUUAAGCUUAAGAUUAAGCUUAUGCUCAGGAAAUUCUUGGAAUUUGCCUUUUCCUCACCUCUUUGAUCUUCCUGGCAUCUUGAUCUGAAAUCUGUAGAACGUUAAGAGUGAAAAAUUCACGAUGAAAGAAUGCUUCAAUUGGCGUCUCAUUCGUGUCAACUCCGACUUGUGGUUCAAAAAGCAGACGUUUUGCCUUCUUCCAUUGCUCCAACAAAGUGAGCUCAUGAAACUUAUCAAGUUCUUCUUCUUCAUAAUGCAUUGCGAUUCUCUCUAGUUUGCCUGCUUCGAAGUAGGGAAACAGCUUAAUGCACUGAUCAACCGACAUCCACAAACCAAGAAUAUCGGCCUGCACAGGCUUCAUUGAUUUGAGCCUAUCAAUCAAUUCCUCAAAGUGUUCGGUUUGUUCACCAGUGUCAAUGCAAAGCAUCUUCAAAGGCAUUUUCAACCAUGACUGCAAAUCAUUCAACGCCAUUCCGAUGCAGUCAUUUCCUUUAAUUUUCCUCGGCCAUUUUAUGCAAAAUUCGUCAAACUUCAGCUCUACUUUUGCUUCGCUUGUAAUUUUAAAAUCAAUAACUUCGAAACUGACAAGCCGUCUCAGUAUACGGCACACUUUUCGAACGACCAGACUGAAAAGUAAAAGCUAUCCGUUGAAGGUGGUGUGUGGGACAAACCGAUGUUUUGGCUCCAGCUUGCUCAGUAUCUCGUUGAGCACUUUUUCUGGCAAUUCUUGGAGCGCCAUGUUUGAAAGCUGAAACUAUGAAAAGUAAGUCUCUGCAAAAGUUUUCGCAAAAAGCAGGUACAGUGUGCAAAAGGAGCAAACAGGCAAUUAUCAAACUGAUAAGGAUCAUUGUUUGUCAAUUUUUUUAAGAUAUUCAUUGCAGUCGUUAAUAUGAUCAUCGUUUGCUUACACAACAGUUUUUCACCUAUGCAAAAAGUGUCUAGAAGCUUCCAAUUUUUUUUUGAUUUUUUAAAAAUGAAAAAUUCAGUUUUUUAUAAAUGCAUCUUGUAGAGCAUGAAAUUCUAAAUAUUAUUGCUUUUUGAAUUUUUCCCCUAUCACCACCCCACGCAGAGUUACGCCUUUUGAAAGAUUUCACAGCGAGAGAGUGUGGGGGAGGGGGAGACGCAGCGCGCUCUCUGCGUCUCCCCUCCACCACGCUCUUUUGCUUGCCAACUUGAAACUGCUAUAACUCCGCGGGGAGUGGAGCUACUGAAAAAUUUCCAACUACAAAAAUGUGCAGAAUUUCCAGCUCUACAAUUUGCCUCUGUGUAAAACAGAAAAAAUCCAUAGAAUUUUCAGAUUAACCCUGCGGGAUGUGUCUAGAAACUUUCGAGCAGCUGUCGAUAACGUGGGGAUUGAUUGUGAAAAAGUGGAAAUUGUGCUGAAACCUGAUAAUAUCGUCAAUUUAUCAGUUGACGGAGAUGAUGCCUCCAAUCACGAUUUGGAUGUAAUUUUGAAGGCUCGAUUAGCCCAUUUAUCUGUGUCGUUUGAUACUGAAAACAAAGAAAAUCGACGUAUUCACUCGGAAUCCUUGGCUUCUACUUUAAAAAACCUAGAAAACUGCACAACACGGAGCCUCCUGUUAAAGGAUCUCAGUUGCCACGAAAUUCUGCUCCUUCUACCAUUUUUCAAUGUUCUGGGGGAGAUUUCAAUUGAUGGCAUCACAUGUAUCGAUCAGCUCCGAGAAGUUGGACAGCGGAGCCAAUGGAGCAAGGUCACCAGUUUGAUAUCUCGCGUUUGGAUUAAAGAUAUGACCAUACUCAAGCAUUUAUUCCAUUUAAAUAGAUUUUAUGUCAAAGCUAAAUCGAUUCCGGUUGAGAGUGCGAUUAAGAUAAGAGAUAUUCUUCUAAACAACGCCACUUUCCAAAAUUGCGUUAUUCGCAUUGCCGAGUGGAAAACUGGCAUACCGGAAAUAGCAAAAGUAUUUCAACCGGACUACACAGACGGGAAUCUAAUUCGUUAUAGAAAUUCAUUCACUAUUUCUUUUACUUCUCACAGUCUUUGUAUCAGGAGAAAUGAAUAAUAAACU